CUUGAGGGGUACGAUCUCAUGUUUUUCCCCACUCAUGAGAUCCGCCGGUCUCACCCCGGACGUUUUACGACUUGUACUUGAGGCUGCGGCCAGAGACGAUGGAGGGACGGCGCGUUCGCUAGCAAGACUCUCGAGGGGCGUUCAAGCAUGGAUAGACCCGAUCCUCUACUCGGCGAUCCGGCUCUCAAAUCAUCGGAUGACUCUCGCGUUUCUCCGCACAAUGGAGAAAUCAUCCACCAAGCCACCGGCAUUCUUCACAUCGCAUGUGAAAGCCCUCUGCAUUCUCUACGAUAUGCUCCCGGCGCACGCGAGGCGAAUCACCGACGUAUGCACCAGAAUCGACUAUCUGACGACUUGGUUCCUCCCUACGACCUCCGGGAGCCUUGGCAGCCAGGAAUCGAUUGCGCAGGCAUUAUCCCCCCUUACUCCAAGCCGGAUGUCAGUUUGGCACGGGGCAACACAUCCGCAUCCCGCCGACCGAUGGCCAUUCACCGGGCCGCUAUUCAGCCAACUCACACACCUGACUAUCGUAAACGUCUGGGAGGACUGGGCCGGUUGGCGCUGGGACGCCCUUCCCCCGACUCUGCUCUACAUCUCACUUGAUCUUGCAUUCAAGAACACAGGCGCUUCGGGUGGCGAGCUGCCGACAAAGGGCAGAGUCGCCGCGACAGUCCAUCGUGUACUCAACGAGUGCCCCAACCUGCGUGUCUGCGCCCUGCGAGAUGCGGCUGAUUUCGAGCAGAUGGGACCAUUCGGGCAGGUGCUAUCGCCUAGUCCGAAACAGCUUGACACUGCGCUAUCACUCCGCGCUCUCAUCGUUGAUGCUCUGCGCGUCCUCGGCUGGCUGGACCACCGGAUACUGUUCUUCUCCCUCCGAAAUCCGGUGCCAUUGCGCCAAGCUCAUGACGAUCGCGAAGGGAGAAUAUGGUCGACCCUGGAACCUGUGGUGAAGCAUAGGAUGGGGCGUGAUUAUGAUGCUCGCGAAGUCUUGCUAGUCUCUUGAUGCACCCUGAGUUGAUCACCGCAAAGCGAAUCCGGUUCUCCAUCGUUCAAUACAAUCUCGCUAAUCGUGUCCCUGAAAUCGACGGUAUCAAAUUGUGUUCGUUUUAUGGGGGCAAUCACUGGACAAUCAAAGAAAAAGAAGAUCCCGUUUCAUGAUCCGGAUUAGCUAGCUACCAGAUUUCCAGUAUGUCGUCUUGAUCUCAAAUAGGAAAGUGACCAAGG